CUCAAACAUCCUGUUUACAAAGUUCUUGUCACUGUGUGUGCAAAGGGGGAGUUCGCCAGCGCAUCUGAGGGGGCCAUGGUGGACACGAGCCCGCCCAACGGCAUGGCGGGCGGCUCAAACUCAGCACCCGAUGAGGAGUCCGGUAGUUACACGCCACCCUCAUCGUAUCCCCCCGGCAAUUCCUCAGAAGCCAGCGCUCAUGAACCCGUCCUAGAAACUCUGCACAGCCCCGCAAAAGAGGCAGGGCCUCUUCUGAUGCGACAGGGCUCCCAGAUCGAUCGGUCCCCUUCACUGGCAUUAAGGAUGCACAAGGGGCAUGCGCGGACGUUGAUUCUCUCGGGGUGGCAGUCGGGGGUGUUCGGAUCCUGUUGCAACAUGUCCAGUACGAUCCUGGGGACGGGCAUUCUGGCGCUGCCUCUGACGGGGGUGUGGCUGGGCCUCAUCCCGAUGAUUAGCAUGCUCCUGAUUCUGGCGGUCGCCAAUGCUUAUAGCUGCAGGCUCCUCCUGCUGGUCGGCGCCUUCACCCGCUCCUACACCUUCGAGGACGCGACCGAGCGCGCCAUGGGCCCGCGCACCCGCAGUUUCCUCGACGUCUGCAUCUUCACCCGGAGCCUCAUCGUCCUCGCGAGCAUUCUCAUCUUCACGAGCGACUUCCUCUUCUCCCUGGGCAACGCCCUGGUUCACUGGCUGGGUCUCGGGAUAAUCCUCGACAAAAACCUGCUGAUCAUAGUGGUUACCGCCCUGGUUAUCUACCCGCUGGCCCUGAUGCGCAGCAUGAACUCGCUCGCGCUCUUCUCGUGCUUCAAGCUCGUCUGCCUGUGGCUCUUCGCCGCCGUCGUAGUGUACCUGUCGGUGGAGAACAUGGCGGCCGGGAAGCAGGGUCAGUACAAGGUAGUAGCCUCCCCCUCGUGGCACUGGCUGCGUGCGCUUCCGAUCGCGGCCUUCAGCUACCACAGCCACGUGAACCUGUUCCCCAUCUACGCGGAGGUCAAGGCCGCAACGCUCCGCAAGGGCAGCCAGAUGAUUACGUCAGCCUACAUCCUUUGCUCGAUCCUGUUCAUUCUGGUCGCCACCUUCGGCUACCUCCAGUUCCCCGAGAGCACCUACGGCAACUUCCUGCGCAACUUCGAUGACGUGAUGGGUGACUUCAACGGGGACAUCAUCCACGUGCUGCGCGCGAGCUUCCUGGUCGUGACGGUGUUCACGUUCCCGAUGCAGCUCUUCGCUGCCCGCAUCGCGCUGCACGCCCUCGCAUGGCCCCACCAAGAGAAGAUGUCGGCAUUCCAGUCGUUUGGCAUCACGACGCUCAUGACGGCCGGCGCGCUCCUCGUCAGCCUCGUCACGGACGACGUCGCUCUAGUUCUCGGGAUCGGCGGGAGCAUCUUCACGUCCUACAUCUCCAUGAUCCUGCCGGCGCAGAUCUACCUGCGCGUCCUGAACAUGCGCGCGCAGAAGGACGGGGGUUUGCUCGACCCCUGCGACAGGUGGACCGAUAACGUGGACCUGGAGCGGUUAGUGAACGACGAAGCCGAGACGCAGGUCGCGUCCGCGUUCGAGAUCGCAAUGCGGCCCGAGCAAAUAAAGUACGAAAUGGUUAAGGCGUCGGUGCUCCUGCUGACGGGGCUGGUGGUCGGGGUGGUCGGGUUCGGGGCAACGCUGUGGUUUAGAUAACCAGAUUUUCCCUCCAUGCGCGCACGCUUGCUGGUGUAUGCUAUAGACCGCAUAGACUUCCGAUAUGAGUGUACUUAUACGGUGAGGAUCGCAUAUAAGCUUCGCAUAUAUGACGGCUUUAUACUUGUACCCUACAAAAUAGGUCUAGUAUACAUGCUCUGCAGGGCUGCUUUUGAGAUAGAUAUGCUUUUGGUGUAGUAUUGGAAAUGCAGAUAGAUACAUUUUUCUGUGUCUGUAUAAACUCCGGUCAGCCAGUUUGUUGAAGUGAUUUUUAGCAAGGGUAUGUUGACACUGCAACAUGAGGUCUCGCUGAAGCUCUAUAUAACCAUCCAACAAUGCAAACCGCGCAGGCUUGCGUGCAUAUGCAUGCAGGCACGUACCUCGGAAUAAGACUGACUUUUAACGCCCGAAAAUACAGUAGAGUACUUAAGCGCACCAUCGUUAUCC